AUGAACUUCAGCGAAACGUUAAGCACACAACAUCUGGAGUGGUCCCGAGUCGCAAAGGGCCCAAUCGACAAGUAUGAACGCAUUCCAGUGCUUGAGAGUCGUUGCUCGGCCGGCAGUGUCUGGCGCAACGCUCCUAAGGCCGUCUCUUGGGGUCAUGUCUGCAAUGCAACGACAAACUGCUCCCUCGGCGACACGCUCAAUAUCUCUUCUGGCUAUGCGAAGACCAGUGGUUCCCGCAUCGGCGCUUCCCAGCACGGCAACGAAUGCCAUCCCAUCUGCAGAAGCCUUGGACCUUGCACAAAAGAUAUCCUCUCAUCCCGGUCUCGCAACAACACAGGUGCGAUGUGGACCGCGAAACACAUACAAUCCCAGUCAGCUUGUACGCAAGAGGCGGCAUGGUUUCCUAUCGAGGCUCAAGACGAAGAAGGGGCGGAAGCUUUUGAUGCGAAGGAUCUUGAAGGGACGAUGGAAUUUGAGCCAUUGAGCUAUCUAUCGCAAGGGAAGGGAUCCGUUAGUCGGAGUAGGUUUUCGGGUUGUACAUAUAGCCCAUCACAGCACCAUAUUAUGAAAUCGGCAGCAAUUAUGCGAAUGACGAUGAAAGGCAUCGAAAGAGAGGGGGCUUAUGCAUACAAUGGCGCAGCCUUUUGUCAAGACAUACAAUUGUAG